UUCGCCUUGGAAGACAGCUGAGCUGGACCCCCUCAGAAUAACUGCCUCUUGUCUGCAGAACAGAGGGAUAGUAACAUCCUGCAACUAUGGGUGACAGCGAUGACGAGUAUGACCGCAGGCGCAGGGACAAAUUCAGACGUGAAAGGAGUGACUAUGACCGUUCUCGAGAACGUGAUGACAGGCGGCGAGACGACUGGAGUGACAGGGAGUGGGACAGGGGCCGAGAGCGCCGCAGCAGAGGCGAAUACCGUGAUUAUGACCGGAACCGGCGGGAACGCUUCUCCCCACCUCGCCAUGAACUGAGCCCUCCACAAAAACGGAUGCGACGAGACUGGGAUGAACACACAUCGGACCCCUAUCACAGCGGCUAUGAGAUGCCUUACAGUGGCGUCACCACCGGCCCUACCUACGGACCUCCGCAACCUUGGGCUCACCCAGAAAUGCACGUGACGCAGCAUCACAUCUUGCCUAUCCAGGCCAGGCUGGGGAACAUCGCGGAGGUGGAUCUGGGCAUCGCCCCUCCCGUGAUGAAGAACUUCAAGGAGUUCCUCCUCUCCUUGGACGAUUCCGUCGACGAGACGGAAGCCGUGAAGCGCUACAACGACUACAAGCUGGACUUCCAGCGCCAAAAGAUGCAAGACUUCUUCCUGGCCCACAAGGAUGAAGAGUGGUUCCGGUCCAAAUACCACCCGGACGAAGCCGGCAGGAGGAAGCAGGAGUCUCACAACGCCCUGCAGAACCGCCUCAACGUCUUCCUCUACCUCAUGGACAACGGCUGGUUCGAGAACUUGCAGCUGGAGAUCGACAAGGCCAACGCCAUCAUCAAAGUCUUGGAUGCCGCCGUCAUUAAGAUGGAAGGCGGGACUGAGCACGACCUGAAGAUCCUGGACCAGGAGGAAGAGGAGGAGCGUCAGGAGAAGGCAGAGCCAGGGAAGAAGGAAGAGAACCGGCUGCAGGAGCUGGACCGCAAAGCCUCAGAGAAGGACGACAAGAAGGAAGAGGCCAAGAAGGCUGGCGACGAGGAAGCUGUCGAGGACAAGGCAAAGAAGGCCUCGGAAGAGGAGGAGAAGAGGGCUGAGAAGAAGGAGGAGGCGGACAAGGAGGCCAAAAAGAUCGGACACAAACACAAACGGAAGCGCAGCGGAGACGACAGCUACGACGAAGGCAGCGUUUCUGAAUCUGACACGGAGUCAGAAGGCGGGCGCCCCGAGGAGGAGGACAAGGAAGACAAGAAGCCGAAGGAGGAGAAGGCAGGGGCAGCGGUAGGAGCAGCAGGCGCGGCGGCGGGGCCAGCGAAGGAAGGCGGCGAGGAGCCCCAGAAAGCCAAGGAGAAGGAUGGGGAGCCCAAGCCCCGCCCCCUGCACAAGACCUGCUCCCUCUUCGUGCGCAACAUCGCCCCCAACAUCUCCCAGGCAGAGAUCGUGGCGCUUUGCAAAAGGUACCCUGGCUUCAUGAGAGUGGCUCUUUCAGAACCCCAGCCAGAAAGGAGGUUUUUCCGAAGAGGCUGGGUGACCUUUGACCGCAGCGUCAACAUCAAGGAGAUAUGCUGGAACCUCCAGAACAUUCGGCUGCGGGAGUGUGAGCUGAGCCCCGGCGUCAACCGCGACCUGACCCGGCGCGUCCGGAACGUCAACGGCAUCACGCAGCACAAGCAGAUCCUGCGCAACGACAUCAAGCUGGCGGCGAAGCUGAUCCAGACCAUGGAUGACCGCACCCAGCUGUGGGGGGCCGGGGAGGCCCGCCCUGCCUCCGAAGUCUCGAGCCUGCCUUCCCAGAACCCCAUCCUGAAGAACAUCACGGACUACCUGAUAGAAGAGGUCAGCGCCGAGGAGGAGGAGCUGCUGGGCAAAAGCGGGGAGCCCUCGGAAGAGCCCCCCAAGGAAGGGAACCCCGCUGAGCUCAACGUGGAGAGGGACGAGAAGCUCGUCAAGGUACUGGACAAGCUGCUUCUGUACCUGCGCAUCGUCCACUCGGUCGACUACUACAACAAUUUGGAGUACGUCAACGAGGACGAGAUGCCCAACCGCUGCGGGAUCAUUCACGUGCGGGGGCCCAUCCCCCCCAACCGGGUCACCCAUGGAGAAGUGUCUGACUGGCAGAAGACCUUUGAGGAGAAGCUGACCCCUCUGUUCAGCGCCCGGGAGUUCCUCUCGGAGGAGGAGGCCCAGAAGAUGGGCAAGAAGGACCCCGAGCAGGAGGUGGAGAAGUUCGUCACGGCCAACACCCAGGAGCUGGGGAAGGACAAGUGGCUGUGCCCCCUCAGCGGGAAGAAGUUCAAGGGCCCAGAGUUCGUGCGCAAGCACAUCUUCAACAAGCACGCGGAGAAGAUCGAGGAGGUGAAGAAGGAGGUGUCCUUCUUCAACAACUUCCUCAUGGACGCCAAGAGGCCUGCCCUGCCCGAGCUCAAGCCCAACCAGCCCCCAGGACAAGGCUUGGCUCCAGGGUUGCCCUACCCUCCGCAGGCCCCCCAGGGAUUGUUGCCCUACGGACAGCCUCGCCUGCCCAUCCUGGGAUACGGAGGGGGCCCUCCUUACCCGCCGACCCCAUACGCCGCUGGCAGGGGGAACUACGACACCUUCCGAGGGCAGGGCGGCUACCUGAACAAACCACGCAACAGGAUGGUGCGAGGUGACCCACGGGCAAUAGUGGAGUACCGAGACUUGGACGCCCCAGAAGACGUCGAUUUCUUUUGAGUCAGGAGUCAUCCUGCCAAGUUGGGUUCCAGUUCUUCCCCCCCC